UAUAAGUGAGCUAUGGCCGGCAAACACCAAUCAGUUCUCGCUUGGCCCUUGCUAGUUGCUGUAAAUCAAUGGAGAUGUUCAUCAAGCUCCUACUAAUUAGCCAGCUUUUGGCGCUGAGCUACGCCCAGUUGACACUUGAGGAGGCUAAAAAGCAAAUCGAUGCCUCGGUUUAUAGCGAUGAAGAGACGGGCGAUGACUCGCACCUGCCCGAGCCCCACUAUCCUCCCCAGUACCAGCCUCACCCGCCGCAUCCGCACAAGAAAUUGGCGACCACCACUCCUGAGCCGGAAAGCACCACUCCAAAACCAGUUACCACCACUGAGGAGCCCAAAAUAGAGCAGGAAGGCGCUGGAACCGUUGCUCCCAAUGAUGGCCUGGAUGAGCUGGACGAAGGAUUGGUCCAGAGUAAUGAUGGAUCUGCCGUUCCAGAGUCCACUACUCCGGAGCCGACCACUCCUGAACCAACAACCACUACUACGACCACCACAACUACGACCACGACGACUCCAAAGCCUAAGAAGCACGAGCCACAUCCCCAUCCCCAUCCCCAUCCCCAUUUCCAUGCCCAUCCCUAUCCCUAUCCUAACUCAUACCCUCCCCAGUAUCCCUAUCUUCAGCCUGGAGUGGUUUUCACCCCCGCAGGACCCAAAAUCUCUCCUCCAUCGGAGACCCCGGACACUCCCAAGGAGGCGGACAAGGAAUCGCCGAAGCCCAGUGGAUACCCACCCUAUCCGACUUUCAGGUCACCCUACUCCCCCUACCCGCCACCGGCAAUCUACCAGCCCCGUUUCCCAGGAUACGGACCUAGUCCCAGUUUUGGAUACAACCACAAUCACAAACACGAGGAAGACUCCGGUGAGGACAAGCCCGAGGACAAGUCCGGGGAAGAGGGUGCAGAGGAGGAUGUGGCCCUGAAGCCUCCUGGCUUUGGUUACCCACAGGUGUAUUUGAUUCCCCGAAGACCAGUGGUUACUGUGCCCAGCUUUCCGCGACCAGGAGGCGGAUACGGUUCGCCCUAUGGAUUUGGACGUUACUGAUACUCUUAACUGAACAACCUAAAAAUGAAGAAAAGAAAAAAGUCAUUGUUGAAUUUAUAUUAUAUUAUUUCCUAGCAUAUUAUUAAACACUUAUUAACUUAUAA